AUGGCCAACAAUAACGAGGCGGACAAUAUCAGAAAAUUAGAAUUACAAAUCAAACUAGAAGAAUUGCAAGUUAAAAAAGAAGAAAUAGCCCUUAAAAAAGAGCUAGUACAUCUGGAACGUGUACGUCUUCAACUAGCAGCACACAACUCAUCUGAAAAAUCAUACCAUGAUUUUGCCGAUUUGUCAAUAUGUUAUCAUUUAGACCCCUGGCUAAAAAUAUCAUCAUCAAAGGGGGGGUCAAGGUCUUCCAGUAUCAAAGCAACUGUCCUCCAUUAUUACGACGUUACUUCAACUACAUGUAUGAUACUAGGUGAACUCUUCCAAACGGGCAAAAAUCAUAUUGUAAGUGCACACUUAUGGCCAGUACAUGCUGCCCAAUCGCUAUCAUUUGUUUCGAUUCCACCUACUAUGAUCAAUCAUCCCAGAAAUAUUUUAAGAAUUAUAAAAGAAUUAGAAGUUAAAUACGGUCAUCGUGAAAUAACAAUAAUCAAGAUAGAUAAUGUACUGAAACUCUAUGUUUUAAACAAAUCGAUAACAAACACACGAAUUAGUUCAUAUUUACCGACUACAUUUAAAGACGUACAUUUACGAACAAUAUCUUUUAAAAAAUCAUCAUCGACCAUACAUGAGAGUAUUAGCCACACAUUGCAGAUCGGCUAUUACGCAAGCUAA